AUGGCGGCGGCUGGGGCCGAGGCGCGAAGAGCUUGGUGUGUGCCUUGCCUAGUUUCACUUGAUACUCUUCAGGAAUUAUGUAGAAAAGAAAAGCUCACAUGUAAAUCGAUUGGAAUCACCAAAAGGAAUCUAAACAAUUAUGAGGUGGAAUACUUGUGUGACUACAAGGUAGUAAAGGAUAUGGAAUAUUAUCUUGUAAAAUGGAAAGGAUGGCCAGAUUCUACAAAUACUUGGGAACCUUUGCAAAAUCUCAAGUGUCCAUUACUGCUUCGGCAAUUUUAUAAUGACAAGCAUAAUUAUUUAUCUCAAGUAAAGAAAGGCAAAGCAAUAAUUCCAAAAGACAAUGACAAAACUUUGAAACCUGCCAUUGCUGAGUAUAUUGUCAAGAAAGCUAAACAAAGGAUAGCUCUGCAGAGAUGGCAAGAUGAACUCAACAGAAGAAAGAACCAUAAAGGAAUGAUAUUUGUUGAAAAUACUGUUGACUUGGAGGGCCCACCUUCAAAUUUCUACUAUAUUAAUGAAUACAAGCCAGCCCCUGGGAUCAGUCUAGUCAAUGAAGCUACCUUUGGUUGUUCAUGCACAGAUUGCUUCUUUGAGAAAUGUUGUCCUGCUGAAGCUGGAGUUGUUUUGGCUUAUAAUAAGAACCAACAAAUUAGAAUCCCACCUGGAACCCCCAUCUAUGAAUGCAACUCAAGGUGCCGAUGUGGACCUGAUUGUCCCAAUAGGAUUGUACAAAAAGGCACACGAUAUUCACUUUGCAUCUUUCGAACUAGCAAUGGCUGUGGCUGGGGUGUAAAAACCCUUGUGAAGAUUAAAAGAAUGAGUUUUGUCAUGGAAUAUGUUGGAGAGGUAAUCACAAGUGAAGAAGCCGAAAGACGGGGACAGUUAUAUGACAACAAAGGAAUCACAUAUCUCUUUGAUUUGGACUAUGAAUCUGAUGAAUUCACAGUGGAUGCAGCUCGAUAUGGAAAUGUUUCUCAUUUUGUGAAUCAUAGUUGUGACCCAAAUCUUCAGGUGUUCAAUGUUUUCAUUGAUAACCUUGACACCCGUCUUCCCCGAAUAGCAUUAUUUUCCACAAGGACCAUUCAUGCUGGAGAAGAGCUGACCUUUGAUUAUCAAAUGAAAGGUUCUGGAGAUAUAUCUUCAGAUUCUAUUGACCACAGCCCUGCCAAAAAGAGGGUCAGAACUGUGUGCAAAUGUGGAGCAGUGACUUGCAGAGGUUACCUCAACUGAAUUUUCAGAAAAUGGGGCUGAUGAUAAUAGUUUUGUUCUUUCCUAAUGUUAACACUUUUAAAAAGUAUUGGGACUCUUAUAUUAUUAAGAUUAUACAUGUUUAUGUAUAAUUUAUGUUCAAGACAUUUGCCAAAUAUAUUACUGUUGCUUCUGAAGAGGACAAAGGGUCAUAAAGACUAACUUGAAGUGAACAUAUUUGGUGGUUAGAUACCAAAUAUGGAGACAAACUUUAUAGAUCAACAUAAGGCAUACUUAAGUCUUUGAGAAUAGGGAAGUGCCCCCUUCAGUGUUUGAAAAGUGUUAAACUGAUGAGGUAACAGUUGCUUAGAUGAAACAUUCACUCUGAUUUCAAAGAAACAGUUAAUUCAUUUCAUGCAAAUAGACAAGUUCUAUUUUUAUUACUAAUACUGUUAUUCCUGUUUAGUACUCACUGAUCUUAUAUCUGAUCAAAUAGGUGAGACUGAGUUUUUUAUAUUUUUUCAUUAAAACAUUGGCAUCUUAAUGAUAUACUUAAGUGGUAUAAAAU